AUGGUUAGUUCUGAGGCAUUUGACGGUACCUCGCCACAAAUGAUGAAACAAUACGGUGUUACAAAACCGAUUUCGGUGGCAGGCCCUACUGAAGUGGAUAUUCAGAAGAGUGUAGAGUUGGAAAAGGUUUAUACCGGAAUCUUAUUUCUUUGCUGUUUCCAGCUUUAAUUGAAGUGUUGGCACGCUUUAUAACUAAUAGUGAUUAUGUUUCUGAAGUUCCUAGUCGGUGCUGGACUUUAUGAAAGCAACGAUGAAGCUAUCCAAAGAGAGGAAGUAUUGGGGCAGAUCGAUCAGGUAAACACUUACUAUCCUUUAUGUGAGCACAUGCGAUUCAUUUAUAACGAUUUAAAAGAUAAAGAUAUGACAUUUUUUUGCAACACAUUCCUCGGCUAGGUGAAAUGGCUAUUGGACAAGGGAAGGUAAAUAUUUGGUUACAAUCCUGUUAGGCUGUGGAAACCGAACUGAGGAAGUGUGCACUGAUAUAUACACUUUUGGAGGGGGGGCACUGUGCAGGCAUCCCGACAGUACUCCUCAAUUGUUACUAUCAAUGGUAGAGUCACGAAGUGUGAGGAUCCCCAUUGAAAAGAUAAUCUGGUUAUUAUUAUUAUUAACGGUGGUACAAUUGAAUAGGAUGUGAACAUGCAUAUUUUUUAUCCUACAUGUUUUUUCUCGGGGAGAUACCAGAAGCUUGUAUCUCGUGUCCAAUCUGUGCAAGUUCACUUCACCAAAAAAUAGACCGUGAUUAUAUUUACUUUACAAAGGAAGAGAUUCUGAAACUAGUUUGUACUGGGAUAGCUAUAGAUGUCUAACAGCAUAUGCUAUACUUAGUUAUUUAUUUAUUUUUUCAUAAUGCAAUGACUUCAGAAAAUGAUAGCUAUGCUCUUCCCCCAUUUCUGUGUUUAUUUUACAUUCUAACUUGAAAAAGUUAAUGCAGCAGAUGUUGCAACUUUUUCCUUUAUUUCAUUGUACUGCUUACCAUACAUUUCAGAUAGUUAAAGACUGGGUGAAGCAGCUCACUCAGCAGAGAGGUUACAGUGAUCAAAUGGUCGAGGAUGCGAAUGCAGUUAUAUUUACUUUUGGGUCUUAUCGUUUAGGGGUAAGACUUACAUUUUUCAUGACUCUAUGUAUUUUUGCCUAAAAAUUCUUUUUUCAAGUCUUGUUCCGGCAACCUAAUUGUAAGAAUGCAAAAACUACUUUCCGCAGGUUCAUGGUCCGGGGGCAGACAUUGAUACUCUCUGUGUUGGGCCUUCCUAUGUUAAUCGUGAGGUUAAUGAUCGAUACACUUGAUACCACUCAGCAUGGGCGAAUGAUACUAUAUUUUGAUGACCUACGCACUGAAUACACAGUUUAUUCCCUGCAGGAAGAUUUCUUCAUAAUUUUGCAUGACAUGUUAGCAGCUAAGGAGGAAAUUACUGAGCUACAGCCAGUUCCUGAUGCCCAUGUGCCCGUGAUGAAAUUCAAGCUUCAUGGAAUAUCAAUCGACCUUCUAUAUGCCAGUGUCUCCCUCUUAGUUGUUCCAGAAGUAAGUUUAUGGAGGGAAAAAAGUUCAUUUUUUUCUGUUUACUGCUAUUGGCGUGACACAAAGGAAAUUCGGAAAGUUGUGUUGGUUGUUUAAGUUCUUUUGGAUCUUCAUGUUUGUUCAAUUUAUGCCAUUUUUUCUGCAUCAUUUGGACAAAUAUUCUUUCAUGUCACCUCUUUACAUUAGGUCAUUUAGAAGAAUAUACUAUAAUAUUUGUAAUUGUAUUUUUAUCCAUUAGUUGUUAUUCAGUUGUUUGUUUAUGACUUCGUUUAUUACCUGUCUACUUAGCUUGUCCUUUGUGAUACGGCUUCAUUUAAUUUCAGAUUCAACAAGAAGAUGGGUACAUCUCUUUGCAAUUUAGUUUUCUUAAUUUGUUAAUUAAAGCCUUUAUACCUUUGGUGUGUAGCCUGAGUGACUGUUUAUUCAGUCUUACAGAGAGACAGAGAGAGGUGGUAUUGAGUUGUCGAAUAAUAAACCGGGUUAUUACCAUUGAGAAAAAUCAUGUGAACAUAGAAGCCAUGGAAUAUCUGACUGAUAUAGUGCCUGGUUCGAAUGACACUCAAGGCGUGAUAUCACAGUAGUUGCUCCCCUUGGGGACAUGUUACGUACAUAAAUUCUUAUUUAACUGGGAUAUUUAAUUCUUUUUUAAGCUGCGUGCAAAGUCUUUUCACAGCUGUUUAUUGUAUUGCGCGGCUUAGGAUGUUGAUCGGUUAAUAUAGCAUCUUUUCUGGCGCCAACUUUGAUGUAGGAUUUGGACAUUUCUAAUGGCUCUGUCUUAUACAAUGUUGAUGAACCAACGGUUAGAAGCCUUAAUGGAUGUAGGGUUGCUGACCAGAUCCUCCGCCUUGUUCCAAACGUAGAGGUUUGCGUUUCCGUUUUUCAUUCUCAGUUCAUGGCCAUGAUUUCGUCACCUUCUUGUCUGACCUACGUGCUUCAUUUUCAGCAUUUUCGUACAACGUUGAGAUGUCUGAAAUUUUGGGCAAAGAGGCGUGGCGUGUAUUCUAAUGUAAGAUGAUUUAUUGAAUUCAUCAUUUGCUUAUGCCUUUUCCAUUGAGUUAACCUUUCAAGCAUUUGUCUUCGUUUCCAGGUGACUGGAUUUCUUGGUGGGGUCAACUGGGCACUACUGGUUGCUCGUGUUUGUCAGCUUUAUCCCAAUGCAGUGCCUAGUAUGCUCGUUUCGCGGUUCUUCAGGGUCUACACGCAGUGGAGAUGGCCCAACCCUGUGAUGCUGUGUUCUAUAGAAGAGGAUGAACUAGGAUUUCCUAUUUGGGAUCCUCGCAAGAAUCCUCGGGACCGCACCCAUCAUAUGCCUAUCAUUACUCCAGCAUAUCCAUGCAUGAAUUCUAGCUACAAUGUUUCAAUAAGCACUCUUCGUGUGAUGAUGGAACAAUUUCAGUUUGGUAACAGGAUUUGUGAGGUAAUGUCCAUUUAUUAUGCCUGUUCGACUUUUCUUCUCAUUUUAUAGGGUACCCUUGUUACCAUUGUUCGUGAGUGUCUUGUGCUUCAUCCAGGAGAUUGAGCUGAACAAGACGAACUGGGCUGCGCUGUUUGAGCCAUACCUUUUCUUUGAAGCAUACAAAAACUAUCUACAAGUUGACAUCACUGCAGCUGAUGCUGAUGACUUGCGAACAUGGAAGGGUUGGGUGGAAUCUCGUCUGAGACAGCUUACUCUUAAGGUCAAUAUCUUGCCUUUGGGUUCUUUAUUUUGACCGAAAUAGAAUAUAGUUGGAAUUCAUGCGUCAUUCUUUACUGCUCUCUUCCCUUAUUAUGCCGAGUAUUAAGCUUUCCAUGGCCUUUCCCUCGGCUCCUUUACAGAUAGAGAGGGACACGUACGGUAUGCUUCAGUGCCAUCCAUACCCGAAUGAGUAUGUGGACACUUUGAAACCAUGCUCACACACUGCAUUCUUCAUGGGGUUACAAAGGAAACAAGGAGUGAAGUCUCAAGAAGCUCAACAAUUUGACAUACGUGGAACAGUAGAGGAGUUUAGGCAUGAAGUGAACCUGUUCAUGUUUUGGAAACCAGGGAUGGAAAUCUAUGUCUCUCAUGUUCGCAGGAAGCAGAUCCCCUCGUUUGUGUUCCCUGAUGGUUACAAGCGACCCCGGCUUUCCAGGCCUGCGGAUCCCCAACAAACUGGGAAGGCUUCAGCUGAAGAUGGAGCUGAGGGUUGUGAUGCUGGGUCGGCGGAGGGAUUCCCAAAGAGGAGAAAGCAUUCGGUUGAUUUCGACACACCCGAGAGUAAAAGGGGGAAACUUCCCUCUUCCAGCCCGAUUAGGCAAAAGUCUUCUUCGCCGCCCGAGCCCGCAGAUGGCCGAUCUCCGAUGCUACACCCCAUGACCAAUGCUUCAGAUGCUAAAAUGGAGAGUACAAUGGUUGAAAUGAGCAUAUCCGAGGCAGCUCACAGCAAGAGCACUCAGAAGCCGAGGGAUGCCAACAAAGAUGACGUAGUGAUGACAAGCCCGGAGAAAUGCGGUUGUGGCAGCCCAGCUCGGCUGCCCCCAAAUCUCCAGUCUUCUGGCAAUAAUACCUCCCUCGUCAGUCACCAAGAGGAGGCGGACAGUGCACCUUCAACAAGUAACAAUGGUUCUUCAGACACUGGAACGUCGGGUAGACGCCAAAAGGGGAAGUUUGACUGCGAACAAGAUGAUCUAAAGCCAGACAAGAUGAUGAACCACCUCUCUGACAGUUUCAGGCAGACCUCACCAUCUGUAAUUGAAGUGGGCUUUAAUGGGUAUACCCGGGGCCCUCCAGCCGGGUUUGAAAUGGCAGAGGGGAACAGUCUAGCUGCUUGCAGCUCAGUGAACCGGCCAGCCUCCCACGUGGGUAUUCCCAGGAGUCAGGAAGGGCAUGCUAUCAUUAAACUCGUCUCGCAGAUGGGAUCCAAGCCUGUGUACUCAAGUCCAGAUGGCCUGGUGCGACUGAGGAACAUUAAGGGGUUUGAAGAAAGGGCGGAGAUGGCCUCGGAGUGUGGACGACCAGAGGGUGAGUUCUUGAAUAGUAUUGGAAUAUCCAGCGCUUCGUAUUAG